AGGGGAUCUUGGGGUUGUUUGAGAGUGGAUCUUGGGGUUGUUUGAUAGGAGAUCUUGGGGUUGUUUGAGAGGGGAUCUUGGGGUUGUUUGAUAGGGGAUCUUGGGGUUGUUUGAUAGGGGAUCUUGGGGUUGUUUGAGAGUGGAUCUUGGGGUUGUUUGAGAGGGGUCUCUGGUAGAGAAGGCCACCACCGCCACCACCAUGGGCGCGUUGUUCCGCAGCGAGAGGAUGAGCCUCAUGAACAUCUUCCUGCCCAGCGCGUCCGCCUUCGCGUGCGUGAGCGAGCUCGGAGAGCGCGGCCUCUGCGAGUUCAGAGAUAUGAACGCCGGUGUGAACGUGUUCCAGCGGCGCUUUGUGGGCGAGAUCCGUCGCUACGAGGACAUGGAGCACACCCUGGGGCUCCUGGAGAAGGAGGUGGUGAAGGCGAAGCUGGCAGGGGAUGCGCGCGAAGGCAACCCGAUGGCGCCUUCGCCGCGUGACGCGCUGCACAUACAGACCCAGACGGAGCAGCUGGAGCGCGAGCUGCUGGAGGUGAGCCGCAACCGCGAGACGCUGCAGAAGAACCUGACGGAGCUGCUGGAGUACGCGGCGCUGCUGCGCGCCGUCCAGAGGCUCUGCCGGGACGACGGCGCUCCUCCUUCGCCCGUCCUCUUCAACGGUCGCGCCACAGACGCCGCGGGGAGUCAGCCCAACGAGAUGAGGAUGAGCACGGUGUUUGGCACCAUCGACCCGCAGAAGGUGCCCGCGUUUGAGCUCAUGCUGUUCCGCGUGUGCCGAGGCUUCACCUUCAUGCGCUCCAUGGAGCUCCCGGAGCCGCUCGCCGUGCCCUUCCUCGACGAGCCGGUGCGUCUCUCCGUCUUCUCCAUCUCCUUCUGGGGGGAGCGCAUCGGUGACAAGGUGCGCAAGAUCAGCAGCUGCUUUCACUGCCGCCUGCUCCACUGCCCCGACUCCCAGCGGGAGCAGCAGGAGCUGCUGGGCAGCCUGGACAUCCGCAUCGCUGACCUGCAGAGCGUCCUUUCCCAGACGGAGGCCUACAGGAAGCAGGUGCUGCAGAAGGCGGCCAGCGUCUGCUCGGUGUGGCUCGUGCAGGUGCGCAAGGCCAAGGCUGUCUACCACGUGCUCAACCAGUGCCACUACGAUGCACGCAACUACCUGGUGGGUGAGGCGUGGUGCCCGACCGAGGACAAGCCGAGGGUGGAGGAGGCGCUGCUGCAAGCCUCCGACGUCCACUCAGAGAAGGCCACCGUGACGGUGAUCCCCACGCAGCAGGAGCCGCCCACUCUCAACCGCACCAACCGCUUCACCAGCAGCUUCCAGGGCAUCGUGGACGCGUACGGCGUGGGCAGCUACCGCGAGGUCAACCCCGCGCCGUACACGAUCAUCACCUUCCCCUUUCUCUUCGCCGUGAUGUUCGGCGACCUGGGCCAUGGCGCCAUUAUGCUGCUGUUCGCCCUCUGGAUGGUGCUGAAGGAGAAUAACAAGGCGUUCAAGAGCAGCAACAACGAGAUCUGGCAGCAGCUCUUUGGAGGGCGCUACAUCAUGCUGCUCAUGGGGCUCUUCUCUAUCUACACGGGCUUCAUCUACAACGACUGCUUCUCCAAGCCGCUCACCAUCUUCCCCUCGGCCUGGAACGUCACCGCCAUGAUCAAAGGGUCUUGGAACGUGACACACACCAACAUCAGCAACAUCCAGCUGCUCGCCCUGGACCCCAAUAUCAGCGGCGUCUUCACAACCCCCUACCCCUUCGGCAUCGACCCGAUCUGGGGCUUGGCAAAGAACCAGUUGACCUUCCUCAACUCGUACAAGAUGAAGAUGUCCGUGGUGCUGGGCGUCAUCCACAUGACGUUCGGAGUCAUCCUCAGCUGCUUCAACCACGUCCACUUCCGCGACUACCCGAGCAUCCUGCUGGUGUUUGUGCCGGAGAUGGUGUUCAUGCUGGCGCUGUUUGGGUACCUGGUGGUGAUCGUAAUCUACAAGUGGGUGGCGUGGCCUACCAGCAUGUCUAACACGGCGCCCAGCAUCCUCAUCGACUUCAUCAACAUGUUCAUGUUCAGGAGCUCGGACAACCUCUACGCUCACCAGGCGAAGGUGCAGAUGCUGCUGGUGGUGGUGGCCGUGCUCAUGGUGCCAGUGUUGCUGCUGGGGAAGCCGCUGUCCCAGGUCGUCGCGUUGCGGAUGAAGCGCAGGCAGACGAAUCUCACGCUGCUGAUUCAGUCGGAGGAGAGGACGCCGCUCCUGACCGCCGUGACCGUGGAGGACGAACCGGACUCUGAGCACGCGGAGGUUGACUUCAGCGACAUCUUCAUGCACCAGGCGAUCCACACCAUCGAGUACUGCCUGGGCUGCAUCUCCAACACGGCCUCCUACCUGCGCCUCUGGGCGCUCAGCCUGGCGCACGGAGAGCUGUCCGAGGUGCUGUGGAAGAUGGUGCUGAGCUUCGGGCUCCGGUCGACGAGCUUGUCGCACGCCGUGCUGCUGGUGCCCAUCUUCGGGGCCUUCGCUGUGCUCACGCUCUCCAUCCUGCUCGUCAUGGAGGGGCUCUCCGCAUUCCUGCAUGCGCUGCGCCUGCACUGGGUGGAGUUCCAGAACAAGUUCUACAAGGGCUCGGGGUACCUGUUCGUUCCGUUCUACUUCCAACCAAUCCUGGAAGGCCUGGUGCACUCAGACUAAGCCCCCCGCGGUUAUCCCAAGAAACCCCCCCGCCCCCUCACGUACUUUACUUUUACAAAACGCAACAGGGAUUACACGAGAUUUCUACCACGCACCUGCCAUUCUCAAGCGGUCGGCUGCCGAUAUUUUUUCAACAUCCCCCUCCCCCGCGUCCUCGCGAUGGUUUUCAGAUUAAAACGUUUUGCGUUCCGGAAUUUUAGGGCCAGUUUUAGAUGUUUAUUCUUCACAUUUUCUGAUAAUUUUGUUGAAAACUUCUUUGUACCAACGACGGUGACGUCACGCGACGCCGCCGCUCUUGGCCGGAGAAGCGCGGCAGUGAUGUCACGCAAAGCUAAAUGUUCGAAUCAUCCGCAAUUUUGCAUUUUGGCCUUGUUUUCAGGUUUUUCUGAUUUAUCCGGAAUUAGAGAGCACGUCCCUCCCAACAUACCAGUUUUCAACGCGUUAAUCUUACUGCUUCCUAAACAGUUUGGCGACGAAAAAUGUCGAUAAUGUUUGCUUUGAAAAGUCAGUACGUGCCAAACGGUCUAGAGCAUUGGCAGCCUAGUGCUUCAGUCGGCAGGGUUGGUCAGUCAGUACGUCGCACGCACGCGCACGCAAUGCUGCUCAUCUCCCAUGCAAACAUCAACCUCCCCUUCGCCUUACUGUCGACUGGACGGCGUGAUGCUAGCGAGCACCUGCUGAAGGUCGGCAGCACUGCUGGAGAGUGGUGGUGGUGGUGUGGCCAGGACCACGUGUGGGGGUUCCUGGGGUUCUCCCGUGGCUAUGGGCGGGCUGCACCAUGAGGCUCGGAACAAGUUGAGGUGCUCGGCGUGGCCGGGGAAUUGAAAUUGAGACCAUUGCAUCGCCACAGCGAUAAAGAGCCUCUGUGUAGACUUUAACAGACUGUUGGGGCGGGAGCUGUCAGCGAGCUCCUAUUAAGACCGAUACAGUUCCAAGGGGCAGUGUAGCCACCUUUGUCUCUCUAGCGCUGAUGUUGAUACGCUCUCUCCCCAAGCACUCAUUUGAGACUGAAUUGACGAAGGGAAGUCCCCAGACUUGUUCUGAUUCCAGUUGCUACUGAUAGUUCGCUGUGACCGGGGAUUGAACUCAGGCCGCCGGGUUCAUUGCGCACUGUCACCACCCACCACUGCAUCACCCCACCACCCCACCACCCCACCACCCCACCACCCCACCACCCCACCACCCCACCACCCCACCACUCCACCACCCCACCACCCCACCACCCCACCACCCCACCACCCCCCACAGUCACUGCACAAGAUCUCCUGUCUAGCCUUUAACAGACUGUUGUGGACAGUGCUGUUAGCGAGUAGAACCUAUGAAAGCUGGCGCAGCACACCAGGGGGUGGCUAACACCACGCCCGGCCACCUGUGUAUUCCCAAUGCUGAUGUUUACACACCGCACCUGGGACUCGUUUGAGGCUGAUUCGAUCUAGGGGAGGCCUAGGACCACUUCAAAUAUCUGCUGCUGUUGGUCGUGAGCGAGAGUCGAACUCGGGUCUCCGGGUAGCGCACCGCUCUCCUACACGCACGAAAUACUGCCACAAUGUACAGGUUUUUUUUUUUUAUCCCGAAUGCGAAAGGGAAUUUGCUACUUGAGAAAUUUUUAUAUGGAAAACAUUGACUAUGGUUUUCUCUUGUGAAUGCUGUGUUUAAAAUAGUUUUUUAAACAAAUCUUUUAGCGGCGGGCGGGCGGGCAGUGGUGGGAAAGGAAACGUUGGGGGGGGGGGGGUGGGGAGACAGUGCACGCGUUGCUAUCGCCGGGCACGUAAUCCUCGUCUACUUCCGAAAUUGAAGUUAAAACCGAAGCUGUGGCGGGCUCGCCCGAGAGACCGCGGGAAGCGAGUCUGGUUCCCGACUCUAUGGCCGAUCGGGGCCAUCGAUGGGGAAUUUCGCGUUUCCAUGGUUUGGUCGCACAUUUCAUUCCAAUGGUUUGGUAAGAGAACAAGGAUCCAUCGACCCAUCGACCACCAUCGAUUCUCGCGGUGCACGGAUCGAAUCGCGUGUGCACAUGUGUUUGUGUGCGCACGAUAGGCUAACGUUACGUCUCGGCUGGCGGGGCUAGCAGAGCUGUUUGAAACGAGAAACAAUACAAACGAACUGCUAAAACGAGCCACGGCCAACCAAUCCUUGAAUCGAAUUGUGUCCGUGAAUUUAAGACGAUUUGAUUUACUCGCUUGCUGGGAGGCUGGAUCGUGACGGCCCUCAUUAUUAGCGUAUUAACUCCAUUGGCGAAGUCAUGGCCUUUGUAGCGAAACCUUCCAGAUGCACAGUAAAAAACAA